AUGGGUGCAUCUCGGAGUGAUAGAGAUGCUAAAAUUCGACUUUAUCAGAAGCAGAAGAUGGUCAACUUGAAUUUUAUGUUAGAACAACUUAUGGUGAAUAUUGCAUCCUGCAAAGAACCAGAUCUUUGUCUCCAGUCGUCCUUGCUACCUGGGCCAUUGAACAGGACAGCAUCUUUAUGGACCCUAGGCACACCAGGCUACCAUCUCUCAGGGAUAGACUAUACACCUGGGGCCCGCAUAUUGAAGGAAAAAUACAUUCUUAGUCUUCGGGAUCCAACUGCUGCUUGCAUUGGGCGCGCCAAGGAAAAUGCAGGUGCCUUACAAGUAUCUCCUGUGCCACAUCCAUUUACUCCUCGUGAUUUUGAUGAUAGUAAUUCUUCUCUUCAAGGAUAUCUCAUCCAUUCUCGAUGCUGGGAUCUCAUUGAACAUAACAUUGGGCCUGUGGCUGGUUUUAAACUGGAUUUACUUGUUGCGGCGUUACAAAAACAGUGGGAUAACUUAAUGCCCCGGCUACAGGCAGGGCCAUUUUGCGAUUACAUACAAACUCACCUCUCCAAGCAUGAGAAAGAGCAUCGGUGCAUUCUUGCGUUUGAGGAUUACAUGCACUGGGAUAAUAAAACUACCCCAGGGCAUUCAUCGGAGGCGUGUUGGUCCUUGCCAGAUCCCAUAUUUAUACCGGAGCUGGAUUCAUUAUUCCAAGAUUGCAAACAAAAGUCAUCCGUCAUGAAACGAUCUUUAAGGCAGACUUUGACUCUUGAUUAUCGGCUUCCAUUGGAGAUACUAAUGUGCAUCGCAGACUACCUUACUUUCCAGGAGCUAUAUACCACGUUGACUGCAUCUGAAGAGGAGUUUCCCGUAGGGUAUUGGAAGCAGCGGAUUCCGGUCAAUCUUUUUUUGAAUUGA